GGUAGUUCGCGUCAUAGCUCGCACCAUUCCCAAUGUUUUGAAUUCUCCCCCGACAAGGCAACACUCGCCGCUUGUUGCUAGUCCGAAUAUCUCCUGCCUACUCCAAUCAAUUUCGCCACUCACUGCCACGGAAAGUUCUGGAAUAUAGUUAUUUUUAGAGAAAAGCUUCUAGUAGAUAGUGAACAAAAAAUACUGUGUAAAAAUGGCUGAUAACAUCGUCCGUCGAGAAGUCCAGAGGCGAGAUGACCCGUUUGGUAUCCCGGCAUGUUUCUACUGGACCAUCGACGAGGUGGCGGAUUGGAUUGAGAGCAUCGGCUACGCUAAAUACAAGGAAAAUUUUCGGUCCCACUUCAUCAAUGGAAGGAAGCUGCUGACAGUUGACGCAUGCGUACUCCCGAAGAUGGGCAUCACACAUUUCGGUGACAUUUUGCUGCUGUGUAAACACAUCAGGGACCAGCUACGGAUCAGGAAACACUUGAGGGGGUUCAACCCGUUCAAGCCCCGGUACCCCUACAUCACCCUGGAGAACAGGUCCGGCAAGUCUCACCCCCACAUGACCUACAAGCAGCACGCGGAGAUGGCGGAGAGGAUAGUCAACUCGAGGCUGGCCUACUUCCGGAAAAAGAACCUUUACUACAGUGGCUGGUCUAUGCAAGACUGGUGGGAUGAAAAACUACGAGCGGAGGAGAAAUCAAUGAAAGAAAACAAACAGUCUGAGGAGGACAAGAAAGUGACCAUUGGGCGCUCGAUGCAGGAGCGGCUCUAUGAGGCGGCACACAGAGAACUUUCCUACGAGAGCUACAAGCCUGACUGGUCCAGCAAGACACCUCGCAGGAUCCUCAGCUGUCCGGCUAACAUCAUGCCUAUAAGCACCGUCAAUGAGAUCAAUACUAACAUCAUUGGUCACCUCAACUGGACACCUAUCAAAAGGACCAGAAAAAUACCAGCUAAGAAGUGGAAGAAAGAGCCUGAAGAAGAAUUACGAGACACUUAUUUGCCUAUUAUCUUUCACUGGAAAGAAAUGGAGCCUAGCAGAGGGUAUGAACUGAACAGGAUAGAUAAACAAAUUAAGUGUGGAUACUACCAAGGAUAAUAACAAAGACAUAGAUUGAUUCUGUAUCCCCUUUGAUAAGCCAAUGUUAACUUGUAAGAUAAAGUUGAAACAAGAAGUCAUUCACUAUGUUUAGCUCAGUGGGGAUAAUGAAAUAAAGUCAAGCUUCUUGUAGAUUUUAAUUAGCUUUAAUUAAAAUUAAAAUGUAAUCAAUAUGCAAAACAUAGCUUGUAACUGUAGUAACUUAAUAUUGAUCAUACUUCUAACAUUCACAAUUAUGCAAGUAAACAAUAAAACAAUAUUCUUAAUAUU